AUGUAAACAUACCAAUACAUACAAACAAAGCAUAUCAUUUUGACGUAAGCCAUAUCUUCGGCGAAAAAUUCAGCUGGGUGAAUGCUGUCACCUAUAAUAAAUCCACCUUGGCGCAACCAUUGUACUCAAUUCGCCUUGCUUUAUAUUUGUAUGUUUAUUUGUGUAUUGAGUGUAGAAAGGCCGUCCAGCUGUCAGCCUAUCAGUGUGGGAAAAAGUUAUAUCGAAACGGAUAAGCUUGAUAAAAGAUUCAUAUUUUGCCAUUAACUUUUUUGCUCUCAUCAAAUAUCAAUAUGUCGCAGGAAGACCCCAAUCUAGUCAAUGCCAAUGAUUUAAAAGAUCUUAAGGAUCGUAUGAAACUUAUUGUUGAAGCGGAUCCCAAACAAUACCACAACGAUUUUUCUUUAAAGCGUUAUCUUCGAGCAUUCAAAACCGUAGAUGCUGCAUUCCAAGCCCUUCUUAAAACAAAUAAGUGGCGAGAACAAUAUGGAGUGAGCACACUGGGAGAUUUAGACGCUAUAAAAUUAUAUGGAAACAAAGCGCGCGUCUUACGGCAUCGUGAUUGCAUUGGUCGUCCUGUAAUUUAUAUUCCUGCAAAAAACCACAAUUCCAAUGACCGUGACAUAGACGAGCUGACAAAAUUCAUAGUUCAUUGCUUGGAAGAAGCAUGUAAGAAAUGCUUUGAGGAAGUGGUAGAUAGUGUGUGUAUCGUUUUCGAUUUAGCCGAGUUUAGUACGGCUUGUAUGGACUACCAGUUGGUCAAAAAUCUUAUAUGGCUGCUAAGCAAACACUAUCCAGAACGGUUGGGUGUGUGUUUGAUCAUAAACGCUCCGGGUAUAUUUUCUACCAUAUGGCCGGCCAUUAGACAAUGGCUAGAUGAAAAUACAGCAAAAAAAGUAAUUUUUGUGGAUAACGAAAUUGAUUUGUGUAAAUAUUUAAUACCCGAUAUCCUGCCAACUGAUAUGUAAAUAUAUUUAAAUUAAAAAAAGCAAAUAUCCGAGAGUGGUCUGAGCAACCGUAUCGAAAGUACCUUCAUAAAUAUUUAUUCUAAUCUAAUAAUGGACAAACCCACAAAUUUUAGAUCUGGACAACCCAGUGUAUACGUAUGGAUAAGCAUACAAUAUUUGCAUACUUAGGUGUACAAUUUGUUAGCAGAAUAGUCGCUAUGAACUAUCCUACUUGUAUAAUUAUAUAUGUAUAUACACUACAUUAUUUUAGUGAUGUGUAUCUGUUCUUCACUGUUAUGAUCUGUGACUAUGAAAUAUUCCAAGAAUUUACAAAUAAAGCACGAUUGUGCGUAAAUUAUUAAUAUAAGUAAAAGAUGUAAUUGGUUUGUUUCAAAUUAAGAUUUGUAAAGUUGUAACCGUGAUAUAUACUUUAUUUUUCCAAUCCUUGAAGGAAUCGGAGAAAUCAAGUGUUUGCUUCAUUACACUUCCAGGAUAGAAAAGUGCCUCUCAAGUGGUAAAGUGUUUAAGAUUUUUUUUG